AUGAUCUUCCUGGUCCAGAUCUUCACUGGAAACCUGCAAGAUUUCUAUUAUUAUGUCAUCAUUUUCCUUUACUGCAGUGGAACCAGGGCCAGUUUGAGAGAUGCAGACUUAUAUUCUAGUUUUACACAGUGUCCAGAGGUGAGUCCAUUGGCAACUCUGGUCCUCAAGUGUCUUCCAGGCCAUCACCAUAAAUCCCAGGAACUCCAGGUGGGCAAAGCAUUUAAGGAAAAGUUCCACAUUGCAUUGGCCCCUCCAGUAAUCUCUGCUGGAUCCUACUUGACCUGGAUGGUGAUAGUGGUCUUUGCUGGGAAAAACAGUAAAGUCACAACAGUGGAAAGUGACCAGGCUACUGGUGAAGAGGUUGCAGUGGUGGCUUUAAAGGCAUUUGCUCCCACUUCAGCUGGGAUUUCUCCACAAAAAUCUUCUGAGAAAAAUCUUGAAGAGGAGAGGAAAGGAGAAAUGGCCAAUUCUCAGGGAUUGCUGACAUUCAGGGAUGUGGCCAUAGAAUUUUCUCAGAAAGAGUUGGGGUGCCUGAACCACAGUCAGUGGGAACUGUACAGGGAUGUGAUGUUCGAGAACUACGGACACCUCCUUUUCUUGGGUCUUGUUGUGUCAAAGCCAGACCUGGUCAUCUUUUUGGAACAAAAGAAGGAUGUCUGGGCUGUGAAGAGAAAGGAGACAGUAGCUACACACCCAGUGUGUCAGGAUAGUGGUGGGCACCUUGAGUUAACUCAUAUUGGAGAGAAACCUUACCAAUGUAAAGAAUGUGGCAAUGUCUUUAACCAGUUCUCAACCCUUCCAGGAUAUCAAAGAAUCCAUACUGGAGAGAAAACGUACCAAGAUAAACAAGAUGGCAAGUCCUUUACCCGGCCCUCAUCCCUUACAAGACAUCAAAGAAUUCAUACUGCAGAGACACCUUCCAAAGGUAAACGAUGUCGUAAGACCUUUAGGCAUCAUUCACAACUUUCUGAACAUCACAGGAUUCAUACUGAGGAGAAACCUUAUCAAUGCAAAGAGUGUGGCAAGGCCUUUAACUGGCGCACAGCCCUUAGGAGACAUCACAGAAUCCAUACUGGAGAGAAACCUUACCAAUGUAAACAAUGUGGCAAGGCCUUUCGGUACUUGUCAAACUGUAUAAAACAUCGCAGAAUUCAUACCGGAGUGAAACCUUAUAAAUGUAAAGAAUGUGGUAAAGCUUUUAACUGGCACUCAGCCCUCAAGACACAUCGCAGAAUUCAUAGUGGAGGGAAACCUUACCAAUGUAAACAAUGUGGCAAGGCCUUUACCUGGCCCUCAGCCCUUACAAAGCAUUCCAGAAUUCAUACUGGAGAGAAACCUUACCAAUGUAAAGAAUGUGAUGAAGGCUUUUACUGGCACUCAGCCCUUAAGUUACAUCAGAGAAUCCAUAGUGGAGAGAAACCUUACCAGUGCAAAGAAUGCGGCAAGGCCUUUUCCCGGGCCUCAGUCCUUACAGAACAUCACAGAAUUCAUACUGGACAGAAACCUUACCAAUGUAAAGAAUGUGGUAAAGCCUUUAACCGGCUCUCAGCCCUUAAGACGCAUCACAGAAUUCAUACUGGAGUGAAACCUUACCAGUGUAAAGAGUGUGGCAAGGCCUUUUUCCGCCAGGAACAUCUUGAUGUACAUCACAGAGUCCAUACUGGACAGAAACCUUACCAAUGUAAAGAGUGUGGCAAGGCUUUUGGGUUCGUCUCAAACUUUACACAACAUCGCAGAAUUCAUACUGGAGUGAAACCUUACCAGUGUGAAGAGUGUGGCAAGGCCUUUUCUCGCCAGGCAUAUCUUAAUGUACAUCACAGCAUCCAUGUUGGAGAGAAACCUUACCAAUGUAAAGAGUGUGGCAAGGCCUUUAAAGGGCACUCAGAACAUACUCGACAUCACAAAAUUCACAGUGGGGAGAAAGCUUACCAGUGUAAAGAGUGUGGCAAGGCCUUUAACAAGCAAUCAUCCCUUAGACAACAUGAAGGAAUUCAUACUGGACAGAAACCGUACCAAUGUAAGGAAUGUGGCAAAGCUUUUAACUGGCAAUCGGCCCUUAAGAGACAUCACAGAAUUCACAGUGGAGAGAAACCGUACCAGUGCAAAGAGUGUGGCAAGGCCUUUUUCCGCCAGGAACAUCUUGAUAUGCAUCACAGAGUCCACACCGGACAGAAACCGUACCACUGCAAAGAGUGUGGCAAGGCGUUUUCCCGCCAGGCACAUCUUAGUGUACAUCACAGAAUUCAUACUGGAGAGAAACAUUACCAAUGUAAGGAGUGUGGCAAGGCCUUUAAAGGGCACUCAGAACUUACUCGACAUCACAAAAUUCACAGUGGAGAGAAACCUUACCAAUGUAAAGAAUGUGGCAAAGCCUUUAACUGUCAAUCGGCCCUUAAGAGACAUCACAGAAUUCACAGUGGAGAGAAACCUUACCAAUGCAAAGAAUGUGGCAAGGCCUUUACGCAUCACUCAAGCCUUACCAACCAUCACAAAAUUCAUGCUGGAGAUUGACCUUACCAAUGUAAUGAAUGUGGCAAGGCCUUUUCCCCCCAGGCACAUCUUAACGUACAU